AUGCCACCCUACUUUGACGACAUCCCUGGUGCGGUCAAGCCGAACGACAAAGGGGAAAUGCUAUCCAUCUGCCUCGUGGACCACAACGAGGACAAGCAGAUGGUCCCUGUGCUGCGAGACGAUCCGAAUCGGAAGAAGCGCAUCGUUGGCCUCAUCGACCACCACGCCUUGGCGGAGUCCAUGGCUUCAGAGAAGCCUCUCUUCAUGGACGUCCGACCCUGGGGUUCGAUGAGCAGCAUCAUCGCCCACUCUUUUAUCCGAGGGAAUCGCAUGAUCCCCAAGCCGAUUGCACGGAUUCUGCUCUCGGCAAUCCUCUCUGACACCCUGAACCUACAGAGCGUGACCACCACGAACGCAGACCGCUUCAUCGUGACGGUACUUUGCAUCCUCGGGGAGUGCGAAGACCCGGAUGAGCUGGCUCGGAAAAUGUUCAGGGCCAAGACGGAGUGGAUCGUGGGGCUGGGCGCCUACGAGAUGACCCGAGGCGACCAGAAAGACUUCACUGCGAAAGGCUGGAAGGUGGGCAUCGCAGUGCUGGAGGUCACCGACACGGAGCCGGUGCUGAAGGUGGCAGAGGAGCUUCUGAUGGAACUGCGCAUUCUCAAGGUGGAGAAAGGAGCGCUCAAAGACGGCAAGCACGAUCGACGGAAGGAGUUAGACUUUGCGUACCUCUUCGUGGUCGACGUCACCCAGCAAAAGUCGCUUCUCCUCGUCGCCGGCGGUCGCGAGCUGGCUUUGGCGAAAGCGGCCUUCCCUGGCAAGGAGACGCGUGAGGCCAAACCGGGUAUCCGCGCCCCUGGCGCUACCAUCAAAGCCCACGAGACGCUAAUGGAUGUUGGAGGCAUCGUCUCUCGAAAAGCGCAGUUCGUUCCGGCGUUCCUGUCGGCACUCAACGAUGGUUUCACCUGCCACAAGCAGCCUAACAGCACCAUCCCGGAAGAGAUCGCAGGAACCCGGGAGGAGGACGAGGUGCAAGCGGCCAUUGACGCUAUGCAGAAGGAGAGCUACCACGACUCCGUGACCGUCGUCCGUGACUACACUCGCUACAGGAGUGCCCUCGACGGCGAGAUCAAAGCCAGUGAGCAGAACGGCCAGUAA